AAUUUUAUUUUGUUUGGUUAAAUUUUUGCCGGGAGAGGACAAAAAGAAGGUUAAGGCAGGAGGCAUGAGAAACCCGCUCAGAAAUUUGGUAUCAAAUUUGAAACACUACUCCUUCAGCGCGCCUCCUCUUAUUUCGUCCCCUCCAAUCUCAUUUCAUUUCAUUUCACGAUUCCCUCUCUCUCUCUCUCUCUUCCAAUCACAAUCGCUUUGAUUCCUUCUAAUCUUCUCAUCCACUGCUUAGGUUUUCACUUUCUUCGCAAUUCGUUUUCCUCUCUCUCUCUCUCUCUCUCUCUCUCUCUCUCAAGUCUCAACCAUGUCUUCAGAAACCCUAGAAGAGGAGAAACCUCAAGUGGGAGAACCCCUAGCUGAAGCCAACCUUAGCAAGCAAGAAAACGAAGCUGCAGAAUCUGAAGAAGAAGAUAAUUCGGAGAAGAAAGACGUCGAUGAGAAAAGCCAAGUGGAAGAGAAGAAGGAAGAAGAAGCAGAUGAUGAAGAGGACGAAGAGGAAGGGAGGAAGAAGCGUGUCAAAGUCAAGUCAAACAAGUCAACCAAAGAAAGCGAUCCCGCUACGCCAGCAAUUGAGAGACCAACUAGGGAGAGGAAAACGGUGGAGAGAUACACUGUUUCUUCGCCUUCUAAGUUUCCGAGGUCUUCUUCAAGCAAAGCUUUGUCAAUUGAAAAGGGCAAUGGUACGCAGCUGAAGGACAUCCCAAAUGUGGCUUUCAAGUUAUCAAAGAGAAAAGCGGAUGACAACCUGCGUAUGCUUCAUAAUAUACUGUUUGGGAAAAGGGGAAAGGCACACAAUCUAAAGAGAAAUAUAGGGCUGUUUUCUGGCUUUGUGUGGGCUGAAAAUGAGGAAAAACAGAGGGCCAAGAUAAGGGAGAGAAUUGACAAAUGUAUCAAAGAAAAGUUGUUGGACUUCUGUGAUGUGCUUAAUAUUCCAAUAAACAAAACUGGUAUGAAGAAGGAGGAACUGUCUGCGAAAUUGUUGGAAUUUUUGGAGUCCCCACAUGCUACAACUGACAUUCUGCUUUCUGAAAAGGAAAAGAAAGGUAAAAAGCGAACCCGAAAGGAAAGGCUUAGCAAAUCUUCUGGUGAAGGAUCUGAAACUCCUGCCAAGAUGCAAAAGCAAACUUCACAAGUUGGGAAAAAGCGAAACCAGUCUUCUGACACUGAGGAAGAUGAUGCAGCUGAACCUUCGGAUGUUAAAGAUGAUUCUCAGGAAGAUGAUGUCUCAAUACCAAAAAGUGACAGUGAUCAUGAGGAAAGCGAAUCCGAGAAAGAGGAUGAUAAAGAAAAGGCUCGCAAACGUACUUCAAAAAAGACUCUGAAGGAUGAGCGAAGUCCACCUCUAAAGAAGACCACCGCUGUAAAGACUGCCAAGAGCAGUGAAAAAACUCCUAAAAAAUCUACUUCAAAAAAAGCUUUUACUGUCAGUACAUCUAAGUCCAAGCAACCUGUGUCCAAGAAACAGGAAACCGUAAAGGAAAGCCAGGACUCUAAAGGGAAGGUUGCAAACAAAAAACGAACUGAAAAGUCUUCAGCAAAGGAUCAAGGCAAAGGAAAAAGUAGUAAGAAGGCCAAGACAGAACCUACGAGGGAGGAGAUGCAUACUGUGGUUGUGGAUAUUUUGAAGGAAGUUGAUUUCAAUACUGCAACUUUAUCUGAUAUUCUCAGGCAACUUGGUACCCACUUUGGCUUGGAUUUAAUGUAUAGAAAAGCAGAGGUGAAGGAUAUAAUUACAGAUGUAAUUAAUAGCAUGUCUGAUGAAGAUGGAGACGAAGCGGAGGAUGGUGAGGAUGACGAUGCAGAUAAAGAUAAUGCGUAACUGUAGAUUUGUUGGGUAAAUAAUCAUAGACCCGUGCAGAAAUUAGAUGCAAGUGGUUCAUUCUACAGCAAGAUUUCCCCACCAUAAAUCUCGUGACAACUGUCUCUUCGGAUUACAGGCUUUCAGUGGAGGAUAUUUUGGUUAAUUGGUUUGAGUUCUGACUCUUCCUAGAUAGGUUUUCUCAACUAGGUUGUACUUUGUAUCCUAUUAGACUAGAUUUAGCCCUUCUCUGUAUUUCUGAUGUGACCUUAAUUUUACCGUAUAUUGAAUAGGUUGUUUAUUCACCUGCCUGUAAACGAAAUUGGCUUUUAAGUUAGAUCAACAUGUGAUUUUUGAGUUCGAACUAGAUUGUGAUUUUUCCUAGUUUAUUGCUGAUAUGCAUCCGCCCCCAAUUAUUAC